AUGGCCUGUGAUGAUGACGACGAUGAUGUUCUCUACUCGUUCAGCUCGUGGGAUUUGUGGCAUGAGGUGGUCAAAAAUCCUCCGCAGGAGGAGGUGAUGAGCAACAGCCCGUUGUUUGCACUACGCCCGGGUGUGCGUUGUGGUGCGCUCCAGGUCAGCCGCUGGCGGCAAGCCAUGCUGGCCGCGUGGCCCAGCGAUCACCGGGCUGCCCGCCACGCGGCCAUGGCAGUGCUGAAUGCGCUGGACGAGCCAAAGAUGCAGCUGGCGCAUGGUGGUGACGAGGCGCAGGAGAGAGGGGAGCCCCAGAAGCCCAGGCAAGAAGACCCUACGGCCGGCGGCAACCAGGACUCAGGCCCCUCGGUCCCCGCGACCCCCUCGGCCCUCCGCUGUGGAGCGCGCGGCGGCGGCGACGCGAAGAGCUCCACUUGCCUUGGCGAGGAGGGCCUCCCUGACUUCGAGGAGCAAGCCUGGGAGCAGCAGCGGCGGCUGGCUGGCCUCGUGGGACGGCUUGUGGUGUAUCAAGACAGCCGAAUGCUGCGCGAGGACUUUGUGCUGCGACCAGGCCUCCGGCAGUCUGGGGCUGUGGUCCAGAUGCUUCGCAACCCUGGGCUUGCGGAGAAGGCCGGCAUCCAGGUUGGGGAUCGCCUGGUCUCCGUGAACGAGCGCCGGGUGCAGGACUUCGCUGAUUGCAUCAGCGAGGGCUUCCUUUCGGGCAUCAAGUUUCCGGCCAAGCUGGUUUUCAUGUGCAAGAUCGGUAAGAUCACUUCAGAGGUUCGCCUAGUCGCGUCGGCACCGUUCGAGCUGGGCUUCACCUUGGCCAGCGACAAGGUCUGGGCUGGCGCCCGCACGAAGUUUCUGUACCAAGAGGCUCGGGCUUGGGGAGCCGGACGUGGUGUUUGCUCUGUUGGCGUCCGCGUGGAGUCUCAAACCAGCACGCAGCCACAAUGUCCCAUAGAUGAGGUAUCUCCAAAGGAAGAGAGCACAUCCCUUUUCGAUACCGUGACCAACAACGGCGAGUUUGAGUUGUCCAAGAGCGCCAAGCGCCGCGCGGCGAAGAAGGCGCGGGACGAAAAGUUCGCCGAAGAUAACCCGGCCCCGGCACCUGCUCCGGAACCUGUGCCGGAGAAGAAGCCCAAGGCGAAGGCUGCGCCGGCGCCUGAUCCGAAGGCGAAGGCAAAGGAAGCCGCGAAGGCUGCGGCAAAGCCCAAGGCGCAAGCCAAGAAGGAAGAGCCACCGAAGCCGGAGCCGAAAGCGGAGCCGAAGGCCAAGGGCAAGGCUGCCGCCAAGGCAGCCGCUGCCCCUGAGGCUGCCAAGCCAAAGGAGGCAGCAAAGAAGGCGGAUCCCAAAGCCAAGGCAGGAGGCAAGAAGGAGGCCCCGGCUCCAGCGCCUGCGCCGGAGCCAAAGGCGCAGCCGAAAGGCAAGGCCAAGGCCAAGGCCGAGCCUGCGCCGGCACCGGCGCCUGCGCCCGCGACGAAGGCAGCCGCGAAGCCUGCUGCGAAGCAGGCUGCCAAGGCCAAAGGCGCACCUCCAAAAGAGGAGAAGGAGCCGGACAACAAGGAUCGAGUCGAUCUGGUGCAGCCCUAUGAGAUGGAUGAUGGCACCGGAGGAGACUGGGAGCAGUCGACGGGCUUGUCCAAGAAGGCCGAGAAGAGGAAGGAGAAGGAGGAACAGCGCAAGCGCGAGCAGGCCGUCGCCACGGCACAGGCCAAGAAGACUGUUCCUGGCAUGGCGCCUACCAACAUCGUCCCGGGGAUGGCCCCACCCAAGGCAGCCUCCAAGGAGGAGAUCGCCGCAUUCAUGCAGGGUGUCAAGGAGAAAGGUGCCGAAGCUCGGGCACUUGUUGAGGCUGAGAAUGCUGAGAAGACCAGCAUGCACACCGCCCAGAUCAAGGUGCCGGAGAACAAGAUUGGCAUCGUGAUCGGCCCUAAGGGCUCCAAGAUCAAGAUGAUCCAGGAGAAGACGGGUGUCACGCGCAUCGACACCUCCGGCGAGAUGUUCACGAUCGUGGGCCCGCAGCAGGCCGUGGAGAUGGCCUACAAUGCCGUCAAGGAGCUGAUGGAGAAGGGGUACUGCUCCAUGGCCUUCGAGGACUUCAAGGAAGAAGCUGUUCCUGUGCAUCCUUCGGUGUUCCCCGACCUCAUCGGCAAGGGAGGCGUCACCAUCAAGGCGUUCAAGAGCGAGUUGAACGUCGAGGUUACCAUUCCGGGCGAUAUUCCAAAGACUGCCACCACUGGCACGAAGAAGUACAAGGUCACCCUUGCUGGGAAGAAGGACGACGUGGCGGAGGCGAAGAAGGUGAUCGACAGCAUCGUCGCCUACGGCUACCAUGAGAAGACCCAUCCCGGACAGACUCACGAAGAGAUGGAAGUGGAACCAUGGGCCUACAAGUUCCUGAUUGGCAAGAGUGGGUCGGAGCUGCGUCACAUUCAGAACAACUACAAGGUGAAGGUGAACAUUCCUCGGGAGCACUCGGUGUGUCAGAACGUAGUGGUCGUUGGCGGACCUGGCGAUGUUGCUCGUGCAAAGGACUACAUUGACAACGUUCUGUGGAAGGCGCAGAACCAGCCAGCAGGCGGCCGACAGGCCGAUGCGGCCAUUGACACCUGGGGCGAGGAAGAGGAGGAGGCAUUGUGGCUAGCGGAGCUGCGAAUGCCCCAAAAGGCCAUUCCCGUCAAGACUGGUAGCGUGAGGGCUGGAAAGGAAGGAAGCUCGCCCUGCCUCUACACAGGACUGGAUGAAGGCCUACAUUUACAAGAGGCUCUCGACCGGUCCGAUGAGCUCCAAGCGAUUGGACUGGGAGUGCCCGACCUCCCUGGCCAAGCGGCAAAAGGAAUUGAAUCCUUCUGCUGGGCGGCUUCUGGCCAGCAUUCAACGCCCAUCCGUGUGCUUAAGGAGCGCGUGUUCGACCCCAACCUGGCUUCCUUGACCUUGGGGGUUCAGGCCGGCCAGGCCUUCACGCCCAGGCAAAUGUUUGCCUUGGAGCAGCAGGAGGCUGCGCACCUGGUUCGACGCGCCAAGUGUGAUGCCGAGGCGCAUCUUCGGCACUUCCAGAAAGAGGAGUCUCAAUCUACUGCUGACGGUGGCGCCCAGUCUACGAACCGCAGUGCCGUGGACGAGUCAGAGGCUUCACAGGCAGAGAUCCACAGACAAAGCAGCUUCACUGGCGCAGAUGAGGUUGCCCAGGGUGCCCAGGGUGCCGAAGCCGAUGAGGCGUGUCCACCGGCUUCGGAGUUUCUUGCAAUGCAGCUGAGCUGGGAAGACCCCUCCAGCCCUCCUUGCGGUGCCCAGGAUUGGGUGCAGCUGGUGCUUUCUCGCGCGAAGGACGACGGAAUCGAGGCCACGCGCAGGGCGGUCGGUCGGGAGGUCGUGCAGUGUCUUAUCACGCAGCUGGUCGGUAGGACCUCAAGUUUCGACUUCGUGGCGGAUAUGUGUGGACUCAUGGCUGCGCCAUUUGCUCGCCGCGGCUACCGUCAAGAGCAUGCCGGGGUGAAAGCGUGCCGCAUGGCACCUUGCAACAUGUGGUUCAAGGAGCCGUGCGCGGCAGCGGCACCUCCUACCUUUGACUGGGCUGCUUUUGCCCAGGGCAGAGCGCGGGAUGUAGACUCGCUGGACACGCUCACUUCUGGACUGCGCAAGGAGGUUCGCGGUGGAUCCCUGCAGGCACAUAUCUGCACCAUCUCCCGCCCGGAGGAUGUCGCGCGGGUCAUGCAGGCCUUCCGUGCCGCCCUGGCUUUCCAAGAAGUGACCAGCUGGUGCUACGGCUUUCGCCUAAGGAAGCCAAGAGAGGAGGGUGGCAAUCCCGAGGAAGGUCAUGCCAGCGAUGCCGAAGAGGGUUGUGAGGAUGGCCUUGAUGAUGGCUGUGGUGAGAAGAUCCUGACUGUGCUGCGGCGCUCCGCACUCCAGGGUCUGCUGGUGGUCGUGAGCCGAUGGCAGGACCGCGGCAAGACACCGGGGCUGGAGCUGUACGGCUUGCAGCUGUACUCCUUGGUGGUGGAGCGGUGCAAGGAUCUCAUAGCCAAUGUGAAGAUGGCGAUGGGACUGGGCCAGGUUCCCGAUGCCUCCCCGCAGACCAUGCCACUGUUCAAGGAGCGGCUCAGCAAGAAAACCAUCGACUUCAGCUUCCUUCCGAAACUUCCCGAGCCACGAGUGCCCAUGAAGUUUGGGCCCAACCACUUCCUUUACGAGUCCUCCAUGAACAAGCAGCGGUCAAUGCCAUCCCUCUUUGGCGGCGGAGACGUGCGCCUGUGGAUGGCUAACGACGAGUGCCUGCGACACUUGCCCGACUCCGAGCUUUGGGCGCUGCGAGCGAUACGUCAGCCGGAUCCAUUGAUAGAGCGCACGCUGCACGCGGUGUCGCUGCUGCGCGGGCAGAGCCCUGCGGCCUUGAGUGGACCCCCAGCCGCCAGAUGGGGGCAUCUGCUUCAGACGCUGCGCUCACAAACUCUUCGCACAGAGCUGCUGCUUUUCGAUGCGCGAUGCAUCUCGCAAAAGACGGCGCAGAUGGCACUGGCAGUGUUGGAGGGUAUGGACGCUGAAGAGGUCCGCCGAGCAAAUCCUGGUGCGGGGGUGCUCUUUGAGUGGGCUCAGGGUGUGGCGCGCUAUCGCUGCCUCGGCCCAACAGAGGAGGAGGAGGCGCUCGCUGCCCUGCAGCCUCGGGAAGCAGACCUGAGCCCGCUGCCAAAGAUGGGGCCGAGACGUCUUCUCCCUCCGACCAGGCGUGUCCGAAAGCAAGCAGGCUUUGGGCAGAGCCGCUGUGGCUCUGGGAUGCUGCGCACCCGCUGA